AUGGGCUUCAAAGCCCCAGCUCGCAUAGCGCUUGCAGCUUCUGUCGGUUAUGGUAUUGUGUACCUGCACAAUCUUACUUACCCAUGUCGGAAUAUGGAUUUCACAUGGCAGGCCACGCCGGGUCACUCCAAAUCCUUUUCUUCGAGGAUCUUGAAUCCUAGAGAUGGUCCUGUAGAUGAGGAAUCUUACAGUCUCCGGAUACCAACACGAGAACUCCCAGCUGGAAUUACCGACGAAGAGCUUCUUGCCAGAUUCACCAAAGGCGCUUUCGGAGGAUGGAUCUUUACACCGGAAAGGUGGAUUGCUCCUUUGAUACAGCGUUGUAUCGAUGCUGAAUUGAUUUCGGCCAUCAAAACCUCUAGUUCAGACCCAUCAACGCCUCCUAUCUGGAAGUUGGAUUCGCUCUCCCGGGAUAUUCUCCCUCCACUGGGAAGUACCCUUUUCGGACUACUUACCCUAUUCGACACUAGUACUUGCACUGAAGAUCAUCGCAUAUCUGUCUUUCCGGAUUCAAUCCAUAUUCCCCGGCCUAACUUCGCAUUCGCUGAGUACGCAGGACGUACCAAAUCCCAAGGUCUUGCUGCCUCACAUCGCUUCGAGGUCACUCGGGAGUACAAGGACGGGGAAGAUAGAGUUAGACUGACCUUCUCUCAUAUAAGAAGCAACCCCAGGACCGGUGGCAAAUCCCUACCGAGCUGGUUCGUGUGGUUUCAUGUCUUGUAUUCUGGGCUGCUUUUUGCCGACGGAAUCAAAGAAAUUAUGUAUACUUAG